GGCACAGCUACACGAAACAGUAGCGAAACUAUGCCGCAGGGUGUCAGUGAGUGGGACUGGACCAGCAUGUCGGAGAAUAAUUUUGCCGAACUCUGCGUAUUUCACGUUCCGGACAAACCUUUGGAACACCAGGAUCCGAGCAAUCGUGCCGCAACAUCGUUGCCCUUGAACCUGACAAUUCGAUCCUCGCAAGAAGUGCCGAAGGUAGCGUCCUUCGCAUUCAUCUAUCAGUUUAUGUUGCAGGCAAUGGGUGUCUGGAGCAUGGAUUACAUCCCACGUGGAGUUCGAUUCGGACCGUUGGUUGGCGAGUACCGCAAACCAGAUAUCACUGAGGCUACAGUAAGCCCGGCAGAAGCAACUGCAGCUAGCGGUAGCUCGGGUCACUCCUCUACGCUGGGCUCCACCUCUGGAGAGCAGCCACCUUCGGCUCCGUGCUGGAAGGUAUUCAGCAGCAGUGGUAGCAUCCUGAUUCGCAUACUUGAUAUCAGCGACAAUCGCAAGAGCAACUGGAUGAAAUUUGUUAAUCGGGCACGCGCUAAGGAAGCUCAGAAUUUGGUCGCCUGUCAGGUUCACCCACAAUAA